GGAAUAUAAGGUUACCGAAGGCCCAUAUAUGAGGAUUUUUAUAUAGGUUCAUAUACGGUAUUUUCGUAAGGAAUAACCUUCGAUGUCUAUAUUUUCUUAAAACCUCUCAACAAUAUCACAUCAGUAGCAACCUUGAAACACCACGACACACCUAUGCAUCUAAAGGACCCCAAACCUCAGUUUGUACCACGUUUUUGCACCGAAUAUAAGCAGCACUACCUCAAACACAUUUUGUCGGAAACUCUACGCUCUCAAACUAGCUCGCGAGAUAGGACGAGAUAAUAAAAUUCGUUGUGAGAUUGCUAAAUUGUUUCGCAAAAGAAAUAUUUCGCUAAAAUGUAAGCAUAGGCACGGCAUAUUCGUGUAUAACGAUGUAAAUCAAAAUGAACGUGUUUUGUUUGAACGCUUUAAUAUUUAGGCAAAUAUGUGUACCAUUGAUUGUCAAAUAUCCUUUAAUCAAGCAUCUGAGGGUCAAAUUCGUGUUGUACUAAAAUAUUUAUGUUCCAGCACUUUCAUGAGCAACGCCUCCUGGGCACAGUCAAGCUGCUGACAGCUGGUUUUAGCCCCGGAGGAUGUUUUUAGAUCCUACUAGAAGAAAUGAUAAAGUUGAAGUUGGUAUUGCCCUUUGGAAGUGCUAAUAUUUCUUUGCGGUAACUUAAACAUGUGCUAAUACAUUAAUAAAGUCUUUCUGUUUACGUUUGUGACAUUGAUUUUUUUCUAGGUUUAAGAGAAUACAUUUGUGAUUUUAUGAGACUGUAACCCGGCUGCCAUUUCUAUGGCACGUACUCACUCUUCAGUUAUUCAGCGUUUACGUAAAAUCUCAAGGGAUACGUGCUUUAUUUGCCCUCCUGUGAAGCAUAGUCAAAAAUAGUUUCACAAAUUUGCUUGUAUGUUGUCUAUGACUUUCUGACACUAACUUUUUGAGUUCGAAACAAAUAUGCAAUUUACACCUAGUUUAUGCAAAAUAGCCAUUUUUUGUCUUUGUCAAGUUGUAAAUGUGAAAGCCGCCAUGUACACCUACCUUCUCGUAAAUAAACAUUCGCGCUUGCCGCUGCUCUAGAUUUAGAAGCAUAAGGGCUCUCGAAAACUAAAAUUUUCAAAUUAAGCCACAUUGGCUGUCCAGUAGUUAUGGUGCUCAGCUGCUAACGCCAAGGACGCAGGUUCAUUGUCUGCGUCGACGCUAGCAUUUUGAUGGAAGCCAAACUAUACAGCCGCGUGUAGUUAUCGCCAGAUGCUAGUGCGCGCAAAACAUCUCAAGCUGGUAACAAUGAACCCUAACACGUUUUCAUGGCCUGCCCUACAGCCUGCUUUGCUUUAGUACAUUAAGCUCUGUAAACAAAGGACCUUUUAAAAGAGCAGAAUGUAUCAAAAACAUACAUACUACAAUAAACCGUGAAGGCAGCAAGAAAAAAUGUCUCAUUUUUUGUACUUGAAGUAACCAGCCAUGGCGAGGAAAAUCAUUAGAACGUGCCAGAGCCCAACUUACUGCUUCUUUUGUUCUUUUAUUUCAGACGGACUAUGUAUGGUUAUGUUGACUGGAGGCAAGUAAUUGUCAAUGGUAUCACCGCUAUAAAAUCAGCUUGCUCACGAAGGAACGUUGUCGUUAUCUCGGGAAACAGAGACUUCAAGUUGGUUGUUUCGACGGUCGCUCAUGAACUGGGACAUGCUCUAGGUGCUGUUCACGAUGGGGUCGGUACAUCGCGGCAAUGCUCAGCAAGUGAGCGGCACCUUAUGGCCCCAUCCCUUGGUUUCAACCGAAUGUUGACAUUUUCCACAUGCAGCAAGAGAGACAUCGACACAUUCUUGUCGACGAAGAACAGCUGUUGUUUGUUCAGCCGUAGAUGCCCAAGCGCUGCCAUAUCAAAGCAAGAGCAACAGAAAAGAAGAGAUAAUCAGUGCUUGAAACACAUGAACAAAACCGAAGUGUUCUUGAAUGCUACGGUACUUUACGGGUGCAUAUUGAGCUGUUACGUUAAACUACCGGAGACAAAUCAAGUGACGUCGUUCGAAACAAGCGCUCCUGAUUGGACGAAUUGCAAGAUAAAUCAAGUGUGCAAGGUAUGCAUCGCAGGAUUAUGCGUUUAGAACAAAUACCUCACUCUUUUGACUGCUGCAGUAGUCAUUGGACUGUUUUGGUCAAUAAAGAAUAUGAAGCAUGAUGA